AUGAGGAGAACAGCAGCCAGAGCGAACUGGAUUAUGGAGAUCCUCAUCAUCCUAACAACUGUGCGCUCUGGCCGGCGUCUGAGGCUCAUGAAGGCGAACCCAGAGAGACUCAGGAGGAACUUCUUCCCUCAGUCUGGAGGAACUGGGAACUCUACCCUGUAGUGACCCUGGCCAGCGUCCUACUUUCCCUUGCUUCUGCUGGAAACACUGUAAUUUAUUCAUGUCCAUUUAACAAGUUUUAUAUUCUGAUCCAUUUACACUGGAAAUAUUCUAUACAUCUAGUCAGUCUGUUAGCAGCACAUCACUGUGGCUCAUUAGAUUUCUAUUUAUUAUCUUUUUAGUUUAUUAUUCUGUUGUUUUUGUUUUUUACUGCUGGUAAAUGGUGUACACAGCCUCAGAUGCAUGUAUGAUCUUGCCUGUGACAAAUAAACAACUUGAAACUUGAAACUUUUAAAGCUGAACCCAGAAAGGUGAGUUUUCUCCAUGCUGAGUGUAAAAAUGAUGCUGACGUGGAGCAUGAGCAUGCCUUAUGGUCUUCGUCGUGGCCUCUGGGGGCGCUGAUGGUGUUAAUCAGAUCACUGCUGGAGGGAAGAUGGAGGAGGGCUGAUGCAGGUGGAGUCUAACGCUUGUGUAACGGCAGGAGGGGCCACACACAGAUAUAAGUCAGAGCUGUUGGAGGCGACAUGAACACAAAGCACCUGUUGCUGCCACCCAGCUUUCACUGUGGACUCAAACGCACCUUUCAGACUGACUACUCAUCAAAACUUCCUCUAGCAAGCAAAGGAUGACGACGAUGAUGAUGAUGAUGUCUUCCUUCAUCUUCAACAUUCUUUUGUUCUUUAUUGUCUGCAUGACUCUGCAGGAAGGAUCCGGACUCCCCCUGUCGGAGCGCCCGGCUCAAGCAUCACAUCCGAGCCACAUCAGGACCAAACGCUGCUCCUGCAACAGCUGGGAAGAUAAAGAGUGCAUCUACUUCUGCCACCUGGAUAUUAUCUGGGUCAACACGCCGAGUAAACUCCUUCCGUACGGUUUGGGAAGUCCCCAUUCUCGCCGUCGCCGGUCAGCCAACCGAUGCAAAUGCCUCAACCUUGCUGAUAGAACCUGCCACAGCUUCUGCCAUCAAAGUUCGGAGAACACCAGAGAUGAUAUCACAGAGCUGACGGCAAAACCAUCAAAUGGAGAAAAACUCCUGGCAACCUUCCGAUCUGUGGUAAAAUCCAACAUGGCGUUCAUCAGAGGCCAUCGGGCAUCGAAGAGAGACUCGACCGUCAUCACAAACUUAACAAACAGAAGCAGGAGGUAAAGGAGUGGUUGAGAAACGAAGGAAAUUCAGUCUUCUUGGACCUGAGGCUCUUUGACUGAUAUGCCUUCCAGCACCUUGGUUUCAGAUGGCCAUCAACUCUGAAGCAGCACAGGUGGAAACGGGAGGAAAAAGAAAGAAAUUAAGCAUUUAAUCUGCAAGACAACGCUUUAGAAGGCUUUCCAAUAUAAAUCCCAUCAGAAGGAAGAAGGAUGGGUGGACACAUCUUUUCACAACUCACAUGUGAAAGAAGGAUCCUCCUCAAAUGGCUUUAGGGGUAAAAACGUGAGGAAAGGCUCCAACCACCAGCAGAGAAGCAGGAAUUUGGCUCUAAUUACGAAGCACUGUGUAAAACAGGAUUAAAGGAUUGUUAAAUAUUCCAGAGCCACAUAAGCUCCAUGUGUAGUUGGGAAUACUGUCUUCAUGUCCGCAGAAAUGUUUAUGGUUUAAUGUUCCUCUGUAUCAGAGCUUAAUGUUUAAGCUGGUUUCAACCAUCAGCCAGAACUUGUUGACUCCAUGUCGCCUCUUUGGGCUUAAAAAAUAAACAUUUAGCCUAUUCGAGGUUCCUCUGCUAGCUCCUAUAAACGUGCUUAGUGUUAAUAUGGCAGCAGUGGCACAGCAGAUUGAAGAUGAGCCUGAAGGUCCCAAAGAUGAGCAGCGCUGUUGUUUCUCCCCUGACAAACAUCCGCGUCCUUCCCGAGUGCUGAGUCAUGCUAAGCUCAUCAUUAAGCUGUGGUUAAAAGUUCUGAUAACAAAAAUAACUGGCUGAAACUGGACAGAGUAGUAUCCUCCAUGCUGUAUAGAAGCUGUUGAAGUUUACUAAUGAUAUUUAUUCUCUAACUUAUUAAAAAUGUAUUUAUAUUUCUGAUGACCUGAAUGUUG